AUGGACGGAGACCCUGUAACGCUCUACAGUGCCAGCUUUGUGCAGGACUGUAGUACCCUCCUCCCAUACCGUAUAUAUGUUGGAACUAGUCUACUCUUCAAUAGCAUGACAAUGAAUGAGGGUUGAAGUGUAUUGUUUGUCAAAAGUAGCAGACUGCAAUUUAAUUUCCCGAUGAUUAAGUCUAAUGAUUCUCCCUGACAGACGUAGCCAAGGGCUCCAGUUCGGGGUACCGGCCGCCCCCCAGGACGAAAGAGGUGGUCAUCAAUGGGCAGACGGUCAAGCUCAAGUACUGCUUCACCUGUAAGAUCUUCAGACCACCGCGUGCCUCUCACUGCAGCCUUUGUGACAACUGUGUCGGUGAGUCACUGUGUGGGCCACACAUGCUGGGAGGGUGGGCGGACUGAAGGUGAAGUGGGUGUAUGUAUGUACAGUGAGGGAAAUUAUUUUUGAUUAUAUUUAUAUUAUAUUUGAUCCCCUGCUGAUUUUAUACGUUUGCCCACUGACAAAGAAAUGAUCAGUCUAUAAUUUUAAUGGUAGGUUUAUUUGAACAGUGAGAGACAGAAUAACAACAAAAAAAUCCAGAAAAACGCAUGUCAAAAAUGUUAUAAAUUGAUUUGCAUUUUAAUGAGGGAAAUAAUUAUUUGUCCCCCUCUCAAUCAGAAAGAUUUCUGGCUCCCAGGUGUCUUUUAUACAGGUAACGAGCUGAGAUUAGGAGCACAUUCUUAAAGGGAGGGCUCCUAAUCUCAACUUGUUACCUGUAUAAAAGACACUUGUCCACAGAAGCAAUCAAUCAAUCAGAUUCCAAACUCUCCACCAUGGCCAAGACCAAAGAGCUCUCCAAGGAUGUCAGGGACAAGAUUGUAGACCUACACAAGGCUGGAAUGGGCUACAAGACCAUCGCCAAGCAGCUUGGUGAGAAGGUGACAACAGUUGGUGCGAUUAUUCGCAAAUAGAAGAAACACAAAAGAACUGUCAAUCUCCCUUGGCCUGGGGCUCCUUGCAAGAUCUCACCUCGUGGAGUUGCGAUGAUCAUGAGAAUGGUGAGGAAUCAGCCCAGAACUACGCGGGAGGAUCUUGUCAAUGAUCUCAAGGCAGCUGGGACCAUAGUCACCAAGAUAACAAUUGGUAACACACUACGCCGUGAAGGACUGAAAUCCUGCAGCGCCCGCAAGGUCCCCCUGCUCAAGAAAGCACAUAUACAGGCCCGUCUGACGUUUGCCAAUGAACAUUUGAAUGAUUCAGAGGAGAACUGGGUGAAAGUGUUGUGGUCAGAUGAGACCAAAAUCGAGCUCUUUGGCAUCAACUCAACUCGCCGUGUUUGGAGGAGAAGUAAUGCUGCCUAUGACCCCAAGAACACCAUCCCCACCGUCAAACAUAGAGGUGGAAACAUUAUGCUUUGGGGGUGUUUUUCUGCUAAGGGGACAGGACAACUUCACCGCAUCAAAGGGACGAUGGACGGCGCCAUGGACCGUCAAAUCUUGGGUGAGAUCCUCCUUCCCUCAGCCAGGGCAUUGAAAAUGGGUUGUGGAUGGGUAUUCCAGCAUGACAAUGACCCAAAACACACGGCCAAGGCAACAAAGGAGUGGCUCAAGAAGAAGCAUAUUAAGGUCCUGGAGUGGCCUAGCCACUCUCCAGACCUUAAUCCCAUAGAAAAUCUGUGGAGGGAGCUGAAGGUUCGAGUAGCCAAACGUCAGGCUCGAAACCUUAAUGACUUGGAGAAGAUCUGCAAAGAGGAGUGGGACAAAAUCCCUCCUGAGAUGUGUGCAAACCUGGUGGCCAACUACAAGAAACGUCUGACCUCUGUGAUUGCCAACAAGGGUUUUGCCACCAAGUACUAAGUCAUGUUUUGCAGAGGGGUCAAAUACUUAUUUCCCUCAUUAAAAUGCAAAUACAUUCAUAACAUUUUUGACAUGCGUUUUUCUGGAUUUUUUUGUUGUUAUUCUGUCUCUCACUGUUCAAAUAAACCUACCAUUACAAUUAUAGACUGAUCAUGUCUUUGUCAAUGGGCAAACGUACAAAAUCAGCAGGGGAUCAAAUACUUUUUUCCCUCACUUUAUGUAUGUACUCCUGUGUGUGCAAAUGUGUUUGCCUAUGUCUCCGUUUGUUUGUUUUCUGCAUGUUUGUGUGCUCUGUAUACAGUGGGGGAAAAAAGUAUUUAGUCAGCCACCAAUUGUGCAAGUUCUCCCACUUAAAAAGAUGAGAGAGGCCUGUAAUUUUCAUCAUAGGUACACGUCAACUAUGACAGACAAAAUGAGAGAAAAAAAUCCAGAAAAUCACAUUGUAGGAUUUUUUAUGAAUUUAUUUGCAAAUUAUGGUGGAAAAUAAGUAUUUGGUCAAUAACAAAAGUUUCUCAAUACUUUGUUAUAUACCCUUUGUUGGCAAUGACACAGGUCAAACAUUUUCUGUAAGUCUUCACAAGGUUUUCACACACUGUUGCUGGUAUUUUGGCCCAUUCCUCCAUGCAGAUCUCCUCUAGAGCAGUGAUGUUUUGGGGCUGUCGCUGGGCAACACGGACUUUCAACUCCCUCCAAAGAUUUUCUAUGGGGUUGAGAUCUGGAGACUGGCUAGGCCACUCCAGGACCUUGAAAUGCUUCUUACGAAGCCACUCCUUCGUUGCCCGGGCGGUGUGUUUGGGAUCAUUGUCAUGCUGAAAGACCCAGCCACGUUUCAUCUUCAAUGCCCUUGCUGAUGGAAGGAGGUUUUCACUCAAAAUCUCACGAUACAUGGCCCCAUUCAUUCUUUCCUUUACACGGAUCAGUCGUCCUGGUCCCUUUGCAGAAAAACAGCCCCAAAGCAUGAUGUUUCCACCCCCAUGCUCCACAGUAGGUAUGGUGUUCUUUGGAUGCAACUCAGCAUUCUUUGUCCUCCAAACACGACAAGUUGAGUUUUUACCAAAAAGUUAUAUUUUGGUUUCAUCUGACCAUAUGACAUUCUCCCAAUCCUCUUCUGGAUCAUCCAAAUGCACUCUAGCAAACUUCAGACGGGCCUGGACAUGUACUGGCUUAAGCAGGGGGACACGUCUGGCACUGCAGGAUUUGAGUCCCUGGCGGCGUAGUGUGUUACUGAUGGUAGGCUUUGUUACUUUGGUCCCAGCUCUCUGCAGGUCAUUCACUAGGUCUUGUGAUCAUUUUGACCCCACGGGGUGAGAUCUUGCGUGGAGCCCCAGAUCGAGGGAGAUUAUCAGUGGUCUUGUAUGUCUUCCAUUUCCUAAUAAUUGCUCCCACAGUUGAUUUCUUCAAACCAAGCUGCUUACCUAUUGCAGAUUCAGUCUUCCCAGCCUGGUGCAGGUCUACAAUUUUGUUUCUGGUGUGCUUUGACAGCUCUUUGGUCUUGGCCAUAGUGGAGUUUGGAGUGUGACUGUUUGAGGUUGUGGACAGGUGUCUUUUAUACUGAUAACAAGUUCAAACAGGUGCCAUUAAUACAGGUAACGAGUGGAGGACAGAGGAGCCUCUUAAAGAAGAAGUUACAGGUCUGUGAGAGCCAGAAAUCUUGCUUGUUUGUAGGUGACCAAAUACUUAUUUUCCACCAUAAUUUGCAAAUAAAUUCAUUAAAAAUCCUACAAUGUGAUUUCCUGGAUUUUUUUUUCUCAUUUUGUCUGUCAUAGUUGACGUGUACCUAUGACGAAAAUUACAGGCCUCUCUCAUCUUUUUAAGUGGGAGAACUUUCACAAUUGGUGGCUGACUAAAUACUUUUUUCCCCCACUGUAUACACGUAGCUAAAAGCUAUGUCAUGUCAUGUCAUGGGGAGUAACAUUCCUCCAUAGGAAUGUUAAGAUGUAUCUACUUCUAUGGUGUUCGACAGAUGAAGCAUGCGCCUUCCAGCCGUUCCUCCCUCCUGAGACUCAGUGAUCACUGCUCAGCCUCCACAGAGACACAGCCUCCCUCUUGUUGUGUUCUCCUGUUCUUUUCCUGAGACCCCAUAUGGCUAGGGAUUUAUGGGCUCAUUAACGCCUAGCAGAGCAGAGAAAGAUGGAUGACCCAACUGUUAUUAUGAAAUCUGGAGCCCCCCCCCCCUGUUUCAUAACUCGCUCUGAAUCACUCCCCCCCCCCCAGGUGUGUUCUGUUGUGGGGAGAUUGGAGCUUUUACAACACUCAGAGGAGGGACAUUGUUUUCACUGAACAUCUUUCUCCCAUCCUCCUCCAUCUCCCUUUCUACACCCUCAUUCCCCCCCUGCAGUGCAGCCUGUCUGUCCCUUUCUCCCUAUCUUUUUGUAGUGGAAUAACAGGCCACUCCCUGAAGCAGUGGAGGAAGAAGCAGGAGGAUUUGCUUCUCUCUUCCAGAUGAGCAGUGAGCAUGCUCUCUCUAGGCUUCUCGCUGUCUGGCUUGUCUGAGAUUCUGUGACUGGCCAAGGGCUUUUCUCAACCGCUAGUGGGUGUCAGGUAAGGUGAUAGGAUCCUUAACAAGCCUCUCGAAGCACUUCAUGAUGACAGAAGUGAGUCCUACGGGGCAAUAGACAUUUAGUUCAGUUACCUUUCGCUUUCUUGAGUACAAGAACAAUGGUGGACAUUUUGAAGCAAGUGGGGACAACAGACUGGGAUAGGGAGAGAUUGAAUAUGACUGUGAACACUACAGCCAGCUGGUCUGCACAUGCUCUGAGGACGCGGCUAGGGAUGCUGUCUGGGCCAGCAACAUUGCUAGGGUUAAUACGCUUAAAUGUCUUACUCACGUCAGCCAUGGAGAACGAGAGCUAAUAAUAAUAAAGAUUGAUUGAAUUUCCUUACCACAGGAACAUCCUGUUUUAAGUUUCUGCCUAUAGGAAGGGAGGAGCAGAAUGGAGGCGUAAUCUGAUUUGCCGAAGGGAGGGCGGAGGAGGGCCUUGUAGCCGUCCCGGAAGGGGGAGUAGCAAUGGUCAAGAGUCCUCGAUGAGUGAGUAGCGCAGGCGAUGUGUUGAUAAAACUUUGGUAGUUUUUCCCUCAGAUUUGCUUUAUCAAAGUCCCCAGCUACAAUAAAUGUGUUUUCCAGUUUGGACAAAGUCCAGUGUAGUUUCUUGAGAGCCAUCGUGGUGUCUGCUUGAGGGGGAAUAUACACGACCGUGACGAUGACCGAAGAGAAUUCUCUCGGGAGGUAAUGCUGUCGGCAUUUGGUAUUCCAAAUCGGGAGAACAAAAGGACUUGAGUUCAUGUACGUUACCACAAUCACACCAUGAGUAGUUCAUCAUGAAACAUACACCUCCGCCCUGCCAACUCCUUAUCUCCUCUCCUCCAUAUCAUCCCUUCCGUGUCAUGGACUCUUUGCCUAGGCAGCGCGUCUCCCUGCAGCAGCACAUGUAGUCAGGAGCGGAGAAGAGCUGAGAAGAGGAUCAAAUGUGCUUGUUUUUUUGUUUGUUUUUUGCUAUUCAAACGAUUAGAACGGUGAUCGCAGUCAUUUGGCUGAAAAAUAACCUUCAUCCAAAAUUCCAUGACGGUCACAGCCCUACUCAUAACAUUCUCUGUUUACUUUUCUCUUCCUUAAGCUCCUCUCCCAGCUCCCUCAUACAGCAUGCACAUUCUUGAUUAUCUUGACAUAGCUCCUAGCAUGGAGAUUUAAAUGGCAAAUAUCCCAAAGCUGUGUAUUUCGAUAGUGUUCCAAAUAUCGAUUGUUUUCACAACAUUUUAAAGCUAAGCUCCGAAAUGCACCUUGUAUUGUAUUGUAUUGUAUUGUAUUGUAUUCAUGCAUGCCCAGGCAUAUCUUGGAGGCAUGUUGCCAGAACUGAAUCCUGACAUUAGGUUCUCUGAGAUUGAAAUCUGGCUUUGUGAGAUUCAUAACACACACACACAGACGUGCACACAGACACACGCUUGUGUGCGCACACACACAGCCUCAUCACCAAACAUCAAAGCCACCAUUUAUUUUUUGCCCUUCUCAGUCUUUUAUUUAUAUUGAAAGAGUGGUGUCUGAAGCAGUCUACAUGGUAACAGUACUGAGUGGUGUCUGAAGCAAUCUGCCUGGUAACAGUACUGAGUGGUGUCUGAAGCAAUCUGCCUGGUAACAGUACUGAGUGGUGUCUGAAGCAAUCUGCCUGGUAACAGUACUGAGUGGUGUCUGAAGCGAUCUGCCUGGUAACAGUACUGAGUGGUGUCUGAAGCAGUCUACAUGGUAACAGUACUGAGGGGUGUCUGAAGCAAUCUGCCUGGUAACAGUACUGAGUGGUGUCUGAAGCAAUCUGCCUGGUAACAGUACUGAGUGGUGUCUGAAGCAGUCUACAUGGUAACAGUACUGAGUGGUGUCUGAAGCAAUCUGCCUGGUAACAGUACUGAGUGGUGUCUGAAGCAAUCUGCCUGGUAACAGUACUGAGUGGUGUCUGAAGCAGUCUACAUGGUAACAGUACUGAGUGGUGUCUGAAGCAUUCUGCCUGGUAACAGUACUGAGUGGUGUCUGAAGCAAUCUGCCUGGUAACAGUACUGAGUGGUGUCUGAAGCAGUCUACAUGGUAACAGUACUGAGUGGUGUCUGAAGCAAUCUGCCUGGUAACAGUACUGAGUGGUGUCUGAAGCAAUCUGCCUGGUAACAGUACUGAGUGGUGUCUGAAGCAGUCUACAUGGUAACAGUACUGAGUGGUGUCUGAAGCAAUCUGCCUGGUAACAGUACUGAGUGGUGUCUGAAGCAGUCUACAUGGUAACAGUACUGAGUGGUGUCUGAAGCAAUCUACAUGGUAACAGUACUGAGUGGUGUCUGAAGCAGUCUACAUGGUAACAGUACUGAGUGGUGUCUGAAGCAAUCUGCCUGGUAACAGUACUGAGUGGUGUCUGAAGCAGUCUACAUGGUAACAGUACUGAGUGGUGUCUGAAGCAAUCUGCCUGGUAACAGUACUGAGUGGUGUCUGAAGCAAUCUGCCUGGUAACAGUACUGAGUGGUGUCUGAAGCAGUCUACAUGGUAACAGUACUGGCACACUUGACUCUACUAUAGUGGUCAUUUGCCUCCUGUCAGCUCCAAGUCCUCACACAGUCACACAAGUCCCUAAUGGAGGUCUCUCAGGAUGCUAUUAUCCAUGUGCCCACAGUACCACUCAUUCACAGACCUACUGAAUAGACAGCAGCAGCAGUCUGAAACAGUAGCUAAUCAUGCCAGGGCUCAAAGGGAAGGCUCACUUCCUGUAAUUUAGAUGUAAUGUGGAAUAUGGAUAAUUUCCAUUAUAAUCACAGUUCACAUUCUGCCAGGGUGGUUUAGGUAAGAGUGUGGUUAAGGUACCAAGAAGGCACACUGCUGUGUGUGUGUGUGCGCGCGCCCGCCUACCCACCCACCCCAGGGACAGGCACUUUACCUAAAAAUAGCAACCUUUAAUUUGCUAUCAAGGUGGAAACAGUGAACUGUGUGUGGGUGUGGCUUACAUACUGUGUGUCUUUGAAUGCACUGCUGUAUUUCAGAGGCAUCCAGGCUCUGUUGUAGCCGGCCGCGACCGGGAGACCCAUGGGGCGGCGCACAAUUGGCCCAGCGUCGUCCAGGGUAGGGGAGGGAAUGGCCGGCAGGGAUGUAGCUCAGUUAGUAGAGCAUGUUGUUUGCAACGCCAGGGUUGUGGGUUCGAUUCCCACGGGGGGCCAGUAUGAAAAGUAAAAAAAUUAUGUAUGCACUCACUAACUGUAAGUCGCUCUGGAUAAGAGCGUCUGCUAAAUGACUAAAAUGUAAAUGUAAUGCCUCUACCAGCGUUUUUACCUGACUGUAGCCAGCUUCCUCUCGCUGGCGGGUAGGCAGUGUCUCAAAGCUCUAGUACGCUCAAUAUAAAAAUUCCAGCUACAGCUUAUUCUUUCUGUCUCUGUCAUUCUCUCUGUCUCUGUCUCUGUCUAUGUCUGUCUCUCUCUCUCUCUCUCUCUCCCUCUCCUCCCUCUCUCUCUCUCCUCCCUCUCUCUCUCAUCCCUCUCCAUCUCUCUCUCUCUCUCUCUCCCUCCCUCUCUCUCGCUCUCUCUCUCUCUCUCUCUCUCUCUCUCUGCACCCUCCCCUUUUCUCUGCACCCUCCCCCUUUCUCGCUGUGUAUCUCUCUCUCCCAAGCAUCAUUGCGCUUGCUUAAUGUGUCUUUAAUGCGAGUUUCUCUCUCUCUCUCCCUCCGCAGAGCGUUUUGACCACCACUGUCCCUGGGUGGGGAACUGUGUUGGGAAGAGGAACUACCGUUUCUUCUACAUGUUCAUCCUCUCCCUUUCCUUCCUCACAAUCUUCAUCUUCGCCUUCGUCAUCACACAUGUCAUCUUACGUAAGUAACCCAUAUACACCUCUUCCUCCUGGUUCUGGUUGUGUCAGAGCAGCUAGCCAGCAGGCUCUAAGUGGGCGGGCGUUGUGAAGCCCAGCAGUAUUCUGGCUCCUUACCAUCCCCCCCAGAGUGAGCAGAUAGUAGAGUCUGUGUGUGGGUGAGGGAGAGUGGAUGGAUGACUGCUGAACUGGGAAAACAAAUGGAGAAAAGAACGAAAGUCACAAAUGAACCAACAAAGAAUUCUCUCUUCAGUUGAUCUCCUUUUGUAUCCUUCUCUUGAAUUUGACUUUGUGGGCGAAAUAUACAUUCUAGUCUCCUUCUGAAGAGAAGUCUGCUCUGUUUACAAAGUGUUAGAUUGAGUCGGCCCACGUCACUAUAACAAGGUUAACGAGCCUCUCUCCUGUACAGCCCAUAUAAUUACAGUAGUCCUCUCAGAGUAGCUGUGAAGGGCACCUAGCUAGAAAGACCUGUCACUGUUAUGGAUGAGACGAGCAGCACAGAGAUCAAUGUCUCUGGUGACUGAAUUAGGCAAGACGGCCGUAUUGGAUUGUGCUCCUUCUCCUCCACUCUCUCUAUCCUGUAUCCCAGAUGGCAGUUAAAAUGGAAUGGCAAUUAAAGUGGGUGCGCUCUGUCUUGCUCAGCUUCAGCAUAAACUUGCUGACUGAAUAGAAAAGCUACUAAGUGUUUAUGGUGUAUGAUAUCCAAUCCGCCCUGCAUUAUUCUGUGUAGGCCUAUACACAGCACAGGGAGAGCUGGAAGCCACUUUAUACUCUGAAGGCUUAUCAUCAUCUUGGGUGCCAAUACAGACAGGUUCCCUUCUGCUGCUCUCAUAAUCCUAGCCUAUUAGUCAAAACAUUUCGCUGUAGACUAACGAUGUUGUCUCUUUUUGAGAAGGGCUCUCACUCCCUAACAUAGUGUCAGAUAUAUUGUAGGUGCCAUGGUAUUUUGACCUUCCAACUGGUAUUGUUGUAUGUUGUCAGCUUUGAGGGUAUUGGGCUCGAUCCCCUAGCAGCCUACAGUACAUCUGGCUUAGCUCCAUUCAAAGCCAAGCUCUGCAGCUGACCUUUCACCUCACUCAGUCUAAAGGUUUUUUUCUGAUUGAAGUUUUAGAUUCUUUAGAAUGUUUAACUGUUAUUAAACUCUCUCCUCUUGUCUCUCACUGCAGGAUCCCAUCGAGAAGGGUUCCUCAACGCACUCAAAGACACUCCUGCCAGAUAUCCUUUCUCAAUGGUGUGAUGGAUGCAAGUUGUGUGUUUCCUCUCUCCUCUUCUCCCUUCUCCUACCAGUCCCUGCCUCUUCCAUGCUGUGACCUGUUCUGUUCCUCAGCUCUGCUGUGCAUGAAUGCUGUCUCAACUUGGCCUCUAUGUGGCUCCCUCCCUCCCUCUCCAUCUAAAUUGUCUCUAUCUCUCUGUACAGUAUCUCUCUCUCUCAAUCCUAUCUCCCUCCCUCCCUCCCUCCCUCUCUCAGUGGUGUUGUGUUCCAAACAGCAGGAUUUGUCUUGUUGUGUCCUCCGAGAGGUUGACAGCCGCCUGGGGUGAAGAGGCUGACCCUGUGGCUGACCCUGUGGCUGACCCUGUGGCUGACCCUGUGGCCACUACUAUUCAAACGUCUACUAGAAGCUAGCUGCUAGCCAACCCAUAGUCUCUGCACAACUGCAGAGGAACAGUAGUUUUGCUUUUAUUUUACGGCCAGGCAUUUUUUUCUGCACAGAUCAAAUAGUUAUUACAAUAUAUUUAUUUUUUAUUUAUUAGAAUGCUUUUCAGUUUUCAGCAACAAAAGUGCAAAUCCUCAACAUGGAACUCUUCUAUGAUUUCUCUGUAACCUCUACUAGUGUGUCGCUAGUCACCCCUCAUCUCCCAGACAACUGUAGACUGUAUUCUCCAUUUCAACGGCCCGGCCCCAGGGUAAUCUAUAAUCUGCCAGCCAGGCUGCUUGAUGUGUGAGUGUCUGUAUCUCUGACUGUAGGGCUUCAUUUGUCUGUAGGCAUGCUGCAGCUGCUGCUCUCUCCUCUCUCAGGGAGAUAAGAAGCUCGUCAGGCCCUCUGGUGAGGAACCACGUGGCAGGUUCAGCUGAUAACACAGCAGCCCAAUGUUGUACAGCAUCACAGUGCUUUAAAAAGGCAGGCAGGGGAAUGAGGUCUGAUAACAUCUACCUCACCAGUCUCCUGGAUGUGAAUGAUGACAUCCUUUGCUUGUCCUUGAGAGACCGCAGAGGGGGCAGAAAGUCAUCAUGGAGGAGACAGUAGUUGGAUUAACUCUGUCCUGCCCGUGUGUGUGUACGUUUGUGUGUGUGUGUGGUGUGUACGUGUGUGUCUCUUUUCUUUUAGUGUAUAUAUUCUGGUGUCUCUGUAUGUGGCUGUGUGUGUAUGCAAGGCUGGCUCAGGAGUCAGGACAGAAUGACAGUAGUAGCAGCAUAACUCCUCUCACUCGGAUUAGGGCUGGGCAGUAUACCCUAUUUUACAAUAUACCGGUAUAGAUGCACAGACCGAUUUUGGGUUUUUACUUUACCUUCUAUAACGGUAUUUGAAUGUUUAGUUUGUUAAAUGUGAUACACCGUUUGUAACGUCCAUUUUAAAGUUUACUCCGCUACUUGAGUAAUCUCUCUCUCUCUCUCUCCAUGCCGCUUUCCACACAGACCUAGUCCUGCCCCCUGUCACUCAAGGAGCGCAUUUGUUGUUGCUCAACCACGAGACACUUGCGUUCAGUCUGCAUGAUCAAUGCAGCAAUGUUGAUGACAACGAUGCUGUUUCUUUGCUUCUUAAUAUAAAUUCACAAGUGUUCUAUAAUUACACUAUUAGUUUGUGUUUCUUACAUCUGCAAACAGUUUGUCUUUUCUUAGCAAGUUGUGGCUGAAUCACGUUAGCCGCUAACGCUAUUUAGCUGGCUAGCUAAUAAAUGUUCUGAGUCAGAGUAAACGUAGCUAGCUAUACAGCCUGAUAGCAGUAAUGGUGUAGGCCUAAAUCAGCAUUGUGUUUGUGCAAUAGUAUCUUCUAAAUCAAAGAGGAAUAGGCAUAGCAUGAAUAUGUUAGCUACAUAAAGCUAUAUGAAUAUGUUAGCUACAUAAAGCUAUAUGAAUAUGUUAGCUACAUAAAGCUAUAUGAAUAUGUUAGCUACAUAGAGUAGACUAGGCUUAAUCUGUGUCCGGGAAACCAUAAAGUAGCUAAGAGAACAUUUAAUGUAGCAAAUAUUAUAGGGACCCCUAGGAAACACUGACCAACACUUUGGUUCCUAACCUGUCACAAUUACUCCUCCCUGGCAUUUUCAUUUGGUGUCAUGUCAAACACUGUAUUCAAAGUGCCCACUAUUAUAUUCUAACUAUAGAAUUGGAAUAAGCAUUCUAUUUCCAUGAUUCCAAUAGUUCACCCAAGUGUUUUGAUCUAAAUUGUGAGUUAUAUCGCAAUUGCAACAUUUGGUAAAAAAUAAGGCCUAGGGCCUCCCGAGUGGCGCAGCGGUCUAAGGCUCUGCAUUGCAGUGCUAGAGGUGUCACUACAGACCCGGGUUCGAUCCCGGGCUGUAUCACAACCGUCUGUGAUCGGGAGUCCCAUAGGGCAGCGCACAAUUAGCCCAGCGUCGUCCAGGUUAGGGGAGGGUUUGGCUGGGGGGGCUUUACUUGGCUCGGUCGUCAGUUGAACAGUGUUUCCUCCGACACAUUGAUGCGGCUGGCUUCCGGGUUAAGCGGGCGGGUGUUAAGAAGCGCGGUUUGGCGGGUCAUGUUUCGGAGGACGCAUGACUCGACCUUGGGGAGAUCGAAAUUGGGGAGAAAAAGUGGGUAAAAUACAAACAAACAAAAAUAAUAAAAACACAAGGCCUAGAUUUUUUUGCCCAUAUCACGCAGCCCUACGUGGCAGUGUGGAAAUUAUCUCAAAUGAGUUCAGGAAAUGCAGAAAUGGAUGAAAAUGCAGAAAUUGUUGGUUUAAGUUAGUUGAACAGUAUAAAAAAAACUAUGGAGAAAGACCCAUCAAAAUCACUUAAUAUAUGUGUUGCCACCCUAGGAUCACGCACCACUUAUAAAGCAAAUUUAGGACUUAUUAUUCAAAAAACAUAAAAUAUCGUCAGAAAUGUGAAAAAAAUACUGCCAUCUUUUGGCCAUAUCGCCCAGCCCUAACACUGAUCUGCCGCUGCUCCUGAUUCUGAUCCCGAUUCCGAUCCUGCUGCUCCUGUUCUUUGAGACCACUGUUCCGCUGUACUACCAAAUGAACAGAGGGCCAGGCUAGCUAGAGAAAGGACAGGCAUUACUGCUGUUAGUACUAUGUGUAUACAUGUCCUUUCCUCUGCUCUGUGUGUUUGAUGUGUGUAUGUGAGGGAGGGAGAGCGGAUGUGUGUUUGUCUCUGUCUGUCAAUAAGAGAGCGUAACCGGUGUGAAAUGGCUAGCUAGUUAGCUGUGCGCGCCUGUAGCGUUUCAAUUGGUGAUGUCACUCGCUCUGAGACCUUGAAGUAUAUUUACCCCUUGCAUGAGUGAUAGGUAAUGAUGCUUCGUGUGUUCAGAGGGUCCCUGGUUCGAGCCCAGGUUGGGGCAAGGAGAGGGUUUGAAGCAAACUUGUUUCAAUACCAUGCACCUGUUACUGAGCUGUAUCAUAUUGACUGUGUGUGUCAGAUUUUCCUUAACCCUUUGGUCACUGUGCUGGAGGUGGUGGUGUGUUUCUUCUCUAUCUGGUCCAUAGUGGGGUUGUCUGGGUUCCACACAUACCUGAUCAGCUCCAACCAGACCACAAACGAAGAUGUGAGUACAUGUACACACACACACACACACUCUCUCUCUGCUUCACGAGUUAAGAGGAUUGGUAAGUGUUUAACUGGAUUUCUCUUAAAUUGCUGAAGUUCUCAUGUGUAAGACAUCCAGUACCUGCAGGGUUCAUCCGUACUCCCAUCCUUCUCCUGUCUCCUACCAGAUUACACAGACACUACUAAACCCCCAGCCUUCUCCUGUCUCCUACCAGAUUACACAGACACUACUAAACCCCCAGCCUUCUCCUGUCUCCUACCAUAUUACACAGACACUACUAAACCCCCAGCCUUCUCCUGUCUCCUACCAGAUUACACAGACACUACUAAACCCCCAGCCUUCUCCUGUCUCCUACCAGAUUACACAGACACUACUAAACCCCCAGCCUUCUCCUGUCUCCUACCAGAUUACACAGACACUACUAAACCCCCAGCCUUCUCCUGUCUCCUACCAGAUUACACAGACACUACUAAACCCAGGCAGCAGUUUGUGUUUUUCCUCUAGUGGAUGGUUGAGUUUAGUGGAAGACAGCCAGAUCUGAGUCUGAUCUCAUUUAUUUCCAGGCAGUUUGCCUCAUCACUCACCACUGUAGAGCUGCCUGGGACAUUACAGACACACAUACAGAAGGAACCGAAUGUUCCCCCGGACAAAAGUCUGAGAAAAUUGAUCUUCCCUUUUAAAUACAAAUAUGUUUUUAACACCUCGUUUACUGCUCUGACUGUGGCUUUUUCUGUUUCAGAUAAAAGGGUUGUGGUCGUCUAAAAAAGGGAAAGACAAUUAUAACCCCUACAGCCACGGAAACAUUUUCACCAACUGCUGUGCAGCGCUGUGUGGACCCCUACCUCCCAGGUAAGGACAGGCCUGUGUUUGCAUGUGAGUCUGACAUUAUCUGGCUCUGUAUAUUUGGAGUUACUCAGAAUGUAACAUAUGGCACGCAAUCAUCCUCUGUCAUAGAGAAAUCUCAAAUCCAAUAGUUCUUCUCAUUCUAGGAGAAAACUGUUUUUCCCGUGACUGUAAUUUGCUGCAUUGUCAGAAAGCUAAAAUAGGUCUGUCACACAGAGCUCAUCUUGAUGUCUCUAGAGAGCUGCUGCUGUGAAAUCAUCUGCAUGCAGCUUUUCUCAUUCAGACCUCUGAUAGUACAAAGGAUUCCAGCACCUCUCAAACUAUGCACAUAGUCAUUGUAUCUAUAGAAUCAUAGCCAUUGGUUGCUUAUUAGCUGGUCUUAUCCAACACUUCCUUCUCAACAGAAUUUGCAUUCAGACACAUCAUCAAUGUAACCUUUUCAUUUGGAUUACCUCACUGUGUGUAUAACUCAUAGUUGAAACCCCAUUCCAUGACUGUUACGACCUAUGGUCUCAUUCUGUCUCUCUCCCAACACCCUAAGUGCCUCCCCUCACAAUCUACACACUCUGUGGUGAAGGCUCUGGUUCUUCACACUUACUCAGUCUCUAUCUCCCCUUAUCUUUACAGCCCAGGUUUCCCAUCUCUGACGAGACAACACGACAUGCAGAACCUCCUCUGUGGCUUGACCGGGUGGUUUAACUCUAAGCUGUGUCCCAAAUAGCACCCUAUUCCCUAUGUAGUGCACUUAUUUUGACUAGGGCCCAUAGGGCUCUAUAGUGAAUAGGAUGCCAUUUGGGACACGCCUAAAGGCAUGGUACAGUGCGUCUGUAGCAGGUUAUUAACAGUGAGGCAAGACAGUCUCUUCUAGGUAAAACAUAUGUACAGGGCCAGGGGGAACCGGGGGAUAAACAGUGGAGAGAAAUUAAAAAAGCUUUUAGCUCUGGGCCUGUCAGUGUGUUUGCCUGCACUCUGUGUAACAGUCCCAACUCAGCCUCCACUGCCCACAUCCUUACUCACUGGUAAUGACUCUACUGUGUGGCAAGGGACAGUACUCACUGGGCAGGUGGUGGGCAAGGGAGGGGGGCAGCUGUGUGUGUGUACAUUCUAUUUGUCUUCAGUUUUCACAAUUCCACCUCCACCUGCCUGUCUGGUGAAUUUCUGUAAGAGACUAGCUAGCUCUGAGUCAACAGGCUCUCUGUUACUGAUUACCCUGCACACACACACAUUCCAUUAGAGCUGAGCUGUUACUGUUUCAUAUCAACACACAGCCCCUCCAUGUUGAUUAAUGGAUGUUGCCUUACACGGUUAGCCUGUGACUUAGUCUCUCUAUGUGCUUACACAUACCCACACACCCCCUUAUACAAACACACAUGCAUCCUUAGACACAUACACUACCAGUCAAAAGUUUGGACACACCUACUCAUUCAAGGGUUUUUCUUUAUUUUAAAAAUGUUUUACAUUGUAGAAUAAUAGUGAAGACAUCAAAACUAUGAAAUAACCAAAAAAGUGUUAAACAAAUCAAAAUAUAUGUUAUGCUUGAGAUUCUUCAAAUAGCCACCCUUUGCCUUGAUGACAACUUUGCACACUCUUGGCAUUCUCUCAUCCAGCUUCAUAGGUAGUCACAUGGAAUGCAUUUCAAUUAACAGGUGUGCCGCCUUAAAAGUUAAUUUGUGGAAUUUCUUUCCUUAAUGCGUUUGAGCCAAUCAGUUGUGUUGUGACAAGGUAGGGGGGGGGGUAUACAGAACAUAGCCCUAUUUGCUAAAAGACCAAGUCCAUAUUAUGGCAAGAACAGCUCAAAUAAGCAAAGAGAAACGACAGUCCAUUACUUUAGACAUGAUGUUCAGUCAAUCCGGAAAAUGUCAAGAACUUUGAACGUUUCUUCAAGUGCAGUCGCAAAAACCAUCAAGCGCUAUGAUGAAACUGGCUCUCAUGAGGACCGCCACAGGAAUGGAAGACCCAGAGUUACCUCUGCUGCAGAGGAUAAGUUCAUUAGAGUUACCAGUCUCAGAAAUUGCAGCCCAAAUAAAUGCUUCACAGAGUUCAAUUAACAGACACAUCUUAACAUCAACUGUUCAGAGGGGACUGUGUGAAUCAGGCCUUCAUGGUCGAAUUGUGCAAAGAAACCACUACUAAAGGACAUCAAUAAUAAGAAGAGACCUGCUUGGGCCAAGAAACAUGAGUAAUGGACAUUAGACUGGUGGAAAUGUGUCCUUUGGUCUGGAGUCCAAAUAGGAGUUUUUUGGUUCAAACCACCGUGUCUUCGUGAGACGCGGUAUGGGUGAACGGAUGAUCUCCGCAUGUGUAGUUCCCACCGUAAAGCAUGGAGGAAGAGGUGUUAUGGUGUGGAUGUGCUUUGUUGGUGACACUGUCUGUGAUUUUAUAUAGAAUACAAGGCACACUUAACCAGCAUGGCUACCACAGCAUUCUGCAGCGACACGCCAUCCCAUCUGGUUUGGGCUUAGUGGGACAUAAUUUGUUUUUCAACAGGACAAUGACCCAACAUCUUCGUUUGUGGUCUGGUUGGAGCUGAUCAGGUAUGUGUGGAACCCAGACAGCCCCACUAUGGACCAGAUAGAGAAGAAACACACCACCACCUCCAGCACAGUGACCAAAGGGUUAAGGAAAAUCUGACACACACAGUCAAUAUGCUACAGCUCAGUAACAGGUGCAUGGUAUUGAAACAAGUUUGCUUCAAACCCUCUCCUUGCCCCAACCUGGGCUCGAACCAGGGACACCUCCAGGCUGUGUAAGGGCUAUUUUACCAAGAAGGAAAGUGAUAGAGUGCUGCAUCAGAUGACCUGGCCUCCACAAUCCCCCGACCUCAACCCAAUUGAGAUGGUUUGGGAUGAGUCGGACGGCAGAGUGAAGGAAAAGCAGCCAACAAGUGCUCAGCAUAUGUGGGAACUCCUUCAAGACUGUUGGAAAAGCAUUCCAGGUGAAGCUGGUUGAGAGAAUGCCAAGAGUGUGUAAAGCUGUCAUCAAGGCAAAGGGUGGCUACUUUAAAGAAUCGCAAGUAUAAAAUAUAUUUAGAUUUGUUUAACACUUUUUUGGUUACUACAUGUCAUAGUUUUGAUGUUUUCAAUAUUAUUCUACAAUGUAAAAAUAAAGAAAAACCCUUGAAUGAGUAGGUGUGUCCAAACCUUUGAUUGCUACUGUAUGUGCUCAGCCACACAAAAAUAUACACACACACACUAUAAGACAAUCAUCUUGCUUAACCUCAGCAGGUUCAUGUCUAACCAGCCAUGUGUCAGCCCAGCAAUGGUAAUGAUAGAACAGAGAUAAUGAUUCACUCCGCUGAUCGUUGUAUGACCUCAAUGAUUGAAUACCAAGAGGAGAGCCUGCAUACAGAGUGAAACAUUAGAUACAACACUCCUUUAGUGGGUUUCUCUGUGUGGUUCUUUUGGCCCUCCUAUUCACUCACAGUAUUGACUCUCAGAAAGUAAUCUAAUUUCAUCUGUAUUCUGUAUCCUCUUAACAUCCCACGGGGGGCCAGUAUGAAAAAUGUAUGCACUCACUAACUGUAAGUCGCUCUGGAUAAGAGUGUCUGCUAAAUGACUAAAAAAUAAAAAUAAACAUUGAGUUACAUUGUGUAAGGAUGUCUGCAAGGAAAGCAAAGUAUUUCAUUCACAAAUCUCUGCAAAUUUACAAGUGUCUGCCUUGCCUCAAAGUACAGAAUUGAAAUAGACUUGGGCUGUAGCCCUAUUCACUUGUCGAGGAAGGGAUCUAAAAUAUUCUGAUAUUAUUGAAUGGUUUUCUCAGAUAUUUCUCUCUCUCUCUCCUCAGUCUCAUCGACAGAAGAGGCUUUGUCCAAUCAGACACGCCGCAGCCCACCCCGCCAACCAAUGGCAUCACCAUGUAUGGAUCCACCCAAUCACAGAGCCACAUGGUGAGCCAUUCUCCACUCUGUCUUUUCCAAACCUACUUAUGACCAUGUCAGUGCAAACCAAACCAAACCACACCCACCAUCUUAAUAUGGCUUAUGUAUUGCCUUUAUUACCAUAUAUCACUUGGCCUCUUGAAGAUUAGAUAGCUAUAGGUUCCUUAUGAAAGAUCAAGCAUGUUGAACAGUGAUAUCAUUGGGUCAGCCAUUCCGGGCCUUGAGUGGAGGGUGGCAGCACAGUGAUCAUCAUUGGCUGACUCAACCUGAAAAACCCAGGAAAGGGUAUGGCAGCUGUUGCUGUGCCAGGCCCUGAUUGUGUGGCAGUGCCAGCUUCUCCAGCUCUCCUCUCAUAGUAGCCUGAUUGUCUAGCUGUUGUCUUAUAUCCUGCUCUUUUUUUCAUCUGUAAACAAACGGCUCUACUGUCUGCCUUGCCAUCUAGAUAGAUAAACUAUCCCAAUCAAUCUCUGGGGAAUUAUGAUGACCAGCGGCAUCAUGGUGUAUUAUUGCAAUCAUCAACAUUGGUAAUUGGUUUAGAGUUUGACCAUGGCCCUGUUUCCACGCGAUGGGGUCAAGGGCAAAGUAGGUUUAGAGUCGCUCUCUCGCUCUCUCUCUCUUUCUUUUCCCCCAGUUAGGAUUGAUGAAUAAAUACCACUGCUCCCCUCAUCCCAAGCUAGCAAGCCAACUGACAAGGCUGUUGAUCUCUCAUUCUCUCCCUCCAGCUCCUCUCAAUCUAAAAAGCCAAAUCUAUUUUGCCAAUCUCAUUUCCAUAUCUGGUCAACAGAUUGGAACAAGUCAACUGCUGGGAUUCCAAAUAGUGGAUUGUUUCUGUUAUUAUUCACACAGAUUUUACCCAUGGUGCUCAGUGAUUUGGCAUUAUGGCUGGGAAAUAGGUCAGCUGCAGGGAGGAGGAGGGGCUGGGUGGGUGGGUGGGUGUUGGUGUGUGUGCGCGACAUGCAAUGUCAUUAUGGACCGUGCUCAUGCUGUGUGACUCCUUGGCUCCCCCCCCUCGUCACACUCUCCCCCUCCCCCUCUCUGACAUCUCUGAGAUCCCUAGGGAGGGACGUGUGUUGUGCUCGUGCAGUGCACUCUCUUUCCCCCUCUGCUUCCCACAAGUUUAUCAGGCAGACUGACUGGACAUGCUGACAAUCUAACUCUUGUGCUGGGAGGUUUUGGCAUGGCAAAAACAGAUUGAUGGAUAGAUGGCAAGAAAGGGAUGACAGGGGAGAGAGACAGUAACAGACAUGGGGAGAGGAAAUGAGAAUAAAUGCUAUUUUAGAGAGAAGGGUCCUACAGUACCCUGGUGGAGUGAGUCUGACUUAAACAAUGCCCUGUCAGCAGACAGUGUAAUUGGUGUUGGAGUGUCUCAGAACAAAGGGAGUGGAAGUGUAAAUGUCAACCUCACCCCACCAGUCCUGCAGGGAAUGGAAGAAAGAGGACGGUUUCCCUUCUCCUACAUUCUAAUGAACAGUCACUACUCGCUACACUCCUCAGAACUUUCAUCCAAUAGGCUGUUAGAAUAAUCCAGUGUCCCGGAUGGUAGCUCUGGUUUUAGUGAGUUGUUCUAAAGAUGUGUCAUGGCCAUCUGGAACUGUUGAAUACUUGAGCUGGUUGUGCUGGCUGGGAGACAGGUUUGACAUUCCAUCGCUUUAUCACAUGUAGAAAUAGAGUCCAUCUGUUAGGACCAGUUGUUAUUGUUAUGUGUAACAUACUACAGUUAUUAAUUUUCACAGGGAACCAUUGAAAUGUGUCGCCACUAACUAAAUCUAUAUUUAGUCACCAACUUAAGAGAAUGUGCAUGUGUUUGCUUGACUAAACAAGAUAAAUAAUUUCCAUUGAAAUAUAGCACCGUUGAAUCAUAGUUGGUCGUCAUGUAAAUACCGAAAGACAGCUUCUAUCUCCAGGCCAUCAUACUGUUGAACAGCCAUCACGCCCAUCUCCUGUAGUACGAGACAAAGAGACUCACUCACACAAAACACACACAAGCUCACACACACACACACACCUCAUACAGACACAUACUCCUGUACUCACAAACACACUCGCACUCACACACAGCCAACUCUGCUGUCCCAUGUACAGUAUCUCACAAAAGUGAGUACACCCCUCAAGUUUUUGUAAAUAUUUGAGUAUAUCUUUUCAUGUGACAACACUGAAGAAAUUACACUUUGCUACAAUGUAAAGUAGUGAGUCUACAGCUUGUAUAACAGUGUAAAUUUGCUGUCCCCUCAAAAUAACUCAACACACAGCCAUUAAUGUCUAAACCGCUGGCAACAAAAGUGAGUACACCCCUAAGUGAAAAUGUCCAAAUUGGGCCCAAUUAGCCAUUUUCCCUCCCCGGUGUCAUGUGACUCGUUAGUGUUACAAGGUCUCAGGUGUGAAUGGGGAGCAGGUGUGUUAAAUUUGGUGUCAUCGCUCUCACACUCCCUCAUACUGGUCACUGGAAGGUCAACAUGGCACCUCAUGGCAAAGAACUCUCUGAGGAUCUGAAAAAAAGAAUUGUUGCUCUACAUAAAGAUGGCCUGGGCUAUAAGAAGAUUGCCAAGACCCUGAAACUGAGCUGCAGCACGGUGGCCAAGAACAUACAGCGGUUUAACAGGACAGGUUCCACUCUGAACAGGCCUCGCCAUGGUCGACCAAAGAAGUUGAGUGCACGUGCUCAGCGUCAUCCAGAGGUUGUAUUUGGGAAAUAGACAUAUGAGUGCUGCCAGCAUUGCUGCAGAGGUUGAAGGGGUGGGGGGUCAGCCUGUCAGUGCUCAGACCAUACGCCGCACACUGCAUCAAAUUGGUCUGCAUGGCUGUCGUCCCAGAAGGAAGCCUCUUCUAAAGAUGAUGCACAAGAAAGCCCGCAAACAGUUUGCUGAAGACAAGCAGACUAAGGACAUGGAUUACUGGAACCAUGUCCUGUGGUCUGAUGAGACCAAGAUAAACUUAUUUGGUUUAGAUGGUGUCAAGUGUGUGUGGCGGCAAGCAGGUGAGGAGUACAAAGACAAGUGUGUCUUGCCUACAGUCAAGCAUGGUGGUGGGAGUGUCAUGGUCUGGGGCUGCAUGAGUGCUGCCGGCACUGGGAAGCUACAGUUCAUUGAGGGAACCAUGAAUGCCAACAUGUACUGUGACAUGCUGAAGCAGAGCAUGAUCCCCUCCCUUCGGAGACUGGGCCGCAGGGCAGUAUUCCAACAUGAUAACGACCCCAAACACACCUCCAAGACGACCACUGCCUUGCUAAAGAAGCUGAGGGUAAAGGUGAUGGACUGGCCAAGCAUGUCUCCAGACCAAAAUAAAGAAUGGUACCAACACAUCCUCCGAGAGCAACUUCUCCCAACCAUCCAAGAACAGUUUGGUGAUGGAAAAUGCAUGAUGGAGCACCUUGCCAUAAGGCAAAAGUGAUAACUAAGUGGCUCGGGGAACAAAACAUCGAAAUGUUGGGUCCAUGGCCAGGAAACUCCCCAGACUUUAAUCCCAUUGAGAACUUGUGGUCAAUCCUCAAGAGGCGGGUGGACAAACAAAAACCCACAAAUUCUGACAAACUCCAAGCAUUGAUUAUGCAAGAAUGGGCUGCCAUCAGUCAGGAUGUGGCCCAGAAGAUAAUUGACAGCAUGCCAGGGCGGAUUGCAGAGGUCUUGAAAAAGAAGGGUCAACACUGCAAAUAUUGACUCUUUGCAUAAACUUAAUGUAAUUGUCAAUAAAAGCCUUUGACACUUAUGGAAUGCUUGUAAUUAUACUUCAGUAUACCAUAGUAACAUCUGACAAAAAUAUCUAAAAACACUGAAGCAGCAAACUUUGUGAAGACAAUACUUGUGUCAUUCUCAAAACUUUUGACCACGACUGUACAUGACCAAUAAACUUUGAUUUGAUUUGUAAUAGUGAAAGGCAGUCUGUCAAUGUACGUAGGCAAAUUGGGAACUAAUAAUCAUCGAGUGUGGACAAGACAGUACUGUACAGUAGAGUAUUGCUGUUUUUUCAAUGUAUCUGUUUUGUAAAGCCAUUGUAGGCUGAUCUAGAGAAGCUUCUUCACCAUUGCAACAGAUUACAAGGAUAACGUCAUGUCAUAUUACACCAUCCGUCACAUUAGGCCCCAGUCAGGAAGUGACUGAGAGAACCGUGGGAGAACAGUAUCUGUGGGCGACGUGGCAUCUAGAACAGUGGCCAUGGCCUCUAGUUAAAACACCAUCAGCUUUGUUCUUCCUCUCGCUGUCCAUUUUCUCUCUAUUUCUUACCAGCACAUCUUUAUCUCAUUUUGUAAUGUUUUUUCUCCUUUUCUGUUGUAGCUGGCAGCUAUUUUUAGACUACAGAGCGGUACAAAUAUAGACUCAGGAAUUUUAUGGACUGCUGUUUCAACUUGAUCAUUUCUUGUCGAGUAAUGGAUGAUGACACACACAACUCAUUUCAGACUUUCACUUUCUCUCAGUAUCUCUGUGGUGUCUACUUGGCAUGUGAUUGUUAAUUCAUUAAACAAAUGACUAAUAGAAUGCUUCUCACCUAUGUGUCAAACUAAUAAUCUAGCUUGAAGAGCCCUAGAAUGAAUCAAUGUUUAGACAGCUGUCAUCAUUUAAUUGCCUGAAUCACUUAAGAUAUAUCCUAAAUGUGCGUCAGAUUGUCAUGCAGUCAGUCAGUCAGGCAGAUCAAGAGCAGACAUGCAGGGCUUCGUUCAGGCUAGGCUAGGCCAGGGUUGGUUAGUUGUGUUUCUUCUCUCCCUAGCGCUGUGCCAGCUGCUCUUCCUGUAGUUUGCUGACCAUGACCGGUUCAUGACCAGGGCUAAAAUUCAGAGCUCAACUUCAAUACCUCACAGGCUCCUAGCACAGAGCAGCAUGCCAACAUGGGUAAUGACAGCCAGUGCUUUGGGAAAUAGCUGGCUCUUCUCCCCCCUGUUCCUUCACACACAACUGGGCAGAACAGUGGGCAGCAGUCCCAGACCCAACCUUGUCCAGCAACUCACCCUCCCCAGCCUCUAAAGUAAUUACAGCCAAGGAGAUAGUCAAAGCUCAUUAGUAAAUAAUGCCUCUUUUUCCAAAGGGCAGUAUGGAGCUAAAACUUUUUAUAAAUGCUUUUAGAAAGUAACCUAAGGAGUGCAACUUUGCCAAAGCUGGCCCUUAUUAUUAGAUUUGGAAAAGUGAUGGGAUCGUGGAGCUCAUUUGUGCAUUUGUCAAAGAGAAGCUUUCGAUCUUAACUAGCUGACAUUGGGGCUAAACUAAUCAUGAUGAAAUAUAGCCCACGUUAAAGGAUCUCUCCAAAUGGACCUUGCUCCUGUCGGUCUAAGAGGCAAAUACAGUGUGACGCUUUCUCAGCUACCGGUAUCCAUGGUUUUCCAAUAGGUUAAUGUACUGUAGAUUCCAGCGUCUCUCUUCUCUCCCAAUGUCUGUUUGUCUGGUGGGGUGGGGUGGGGCCGGUGCCCUGGCUGUUAAUGUUCUCAUCCCUGUGUAUAAUGCUCUUUGAAAAGUGUCUUUGUCGCCAGGCCUGGCUGGUACCAGCAGACAGACAGUAUUGGAGACAAUAAGGGCUCUGUCAGUGAGCGCUCAGAUCUCUGCCUCCUAUACAGAUGA